AUGGCCACCAGCAAAAUGACACAGCGGGAUACCACGACAUCCUUCACCCUGCGCAACCCGCCAUACGCAUAUUUCCACCUCUCGAUCCAGUCACUUGCGGCGCUACCACCACAAUCUAGUCAAUCUCUAGACGAGAUCACAGCCCGCUCCUAUCUGACGGCGGCGUUGCAGCAGUAUCUUGGCCUAACCGGCACGGCCAUUGCCAUCGAUAUCUUGAAGGUCGAGGGUCCCAAUGUCUGGAUCAGAGUACCCAGAGACGAUGAAUCCGCUGUUACUGCCGCCCUGAGUCAGUGGUGCUCGGCCAAAGGAGUGAGUCUACGCGUCGAAGCCAGAGGAAGUUGGCUGGGCGGCGUGGCGGCGAGUGGAGGCGGAGUGGACGACGCGAAGCUUUGGAGCCUCGAACGAGGCCAACUUCGAACAUGGGAUGGAGAACCGGCGACGGCCGGCCUUCGCACUCGGAUGAAACAAACUGGACGAUUAUCUUCAUACAGGGGCUAUCAGAACUGUGGCCCGAUUGGGGGAUAA